UAUGGACAGUCCUGAGGCACCCUUUAAAAUGAUGGACAGUCCUGAGGCACCCUUUAAAAUUAUGGACAGUCCUGAGGCACCCUUUAAAAUUAUGGACAGUCCUGAGGCACCCUUUAAAAUUAUGGACAGUCUUGAGGCACCCUUUAAAAUGAUGGACAGUCCUGAGGCACCCUUUAAAAAACUAUGGACAGUCCUGAGGCACCCUUUAAAUCUAUGGACAGUCCCGAGGCACCCUUUAAAACUAUGGACAGUCCUGAAGCACCCUUUAAAAUUAUGGACAGUCCUGAGGCACCCUUUAAAACUAUGGACAGUCCUGAGGCACCCUUUAAAAUUAUGGACAGUCUUGAAGCACCCCAUUCUAAAAUCAAAUACACUUUUGCACACU